CUGCCCGUGUUACAGUACUUGUAGACAUUUUGUCGGCUUAGAAAAUUAUGGACGGCAUUAAACUCUGGGAAUGGUACGGCUGAGGAUUUUAGAAAGCCAAUAGACGUCGGCAAUUAAAGCCAAAUCCGUACAUAUUCGGGGAAGAGUGACUGAGAUCCCGCCAUGCCUUUGGUGACACGAAACAUUGAACCACGGCAUCUUUGUCGCCAGACACUGCCAAAUACUAUCAAGAGUGAGCUGGAGUGUGUGACCAACAUCACACUUGCCAACAUCAUUCGCCAGCUUGGCUCACUUAGUAAGUAUGCAGAGGAUGUGUUCGGCGAGUUGUUUGUUCAGGCCAGCUCGUUUGCAGAACGGGUAAACACGCUAGGAGAGAGAGUGGACAAGUUGCAGGUCAAAGUCACCCAGCUGGACCCUAAAGAAGAAGAGGUCUCUCUUCAGGCAAUCACCUCCCGCAAAGCAUUCCACUCUAACGUUAUCCAGGAUCAGCAGCUUUUCAUUAGGAAAUCACUACCACUGCCUAUCCAGGAGACCUAUUUGACCUGCAACGAGCCACCCCCCCUCAACAAUCUUAGCAUUUACAGAGAGGAUGGUAAGGAGGCUCUGAAGUUCUAUACUGAUCCUUCUUAUUUCUUUGACCUUUGGAAAGAGAAAAUGCUUCAAGAUACCAAGGACAUUAUGAAAGAGAAACGCAAACAUAAGAAGAAGAAAGAUGACGGUACUGACCGAAGGAACUUAAACCCCCGCAAGAUCAAAACUCGUAAAGAAGAAUGGGAACGCCGAAAAAUGGGAGAGGAGUUUGUUGUCCCUAAAAAUGAUGGCAUAGGCUCUUCAGAAGCGUUGAAUGGCAGUAUUGGUUCUGGUGAUGAUACAGGUUUCAAUUAUUCUGAUGGAUAUUUGGACCAAAGCACUGGCUCCUACAGCUAUGAUCCUGGCUCUCCUCUCCCACCUCCGAUGCAAGAAGACUUCCCACCACCACCACCACCUCCAGACAUACCGUUUCUCGAUGGACAGCCUGGUGCUGCGUCCCAGAAGCGUAGCAGUCUUUUAAGCCCCAGUCACCCUCCUCCUGCUCCACCAGCAAUGGCUACCUCUCCUCCAGCGACCAACUGUGGCCCCCCUAUGGCACCUCCUCCACCUCCACCUCCUGGUGGGAUGGUCCCACCUCCACCUCCUCCAGGAUAUGAUUCUCCCCCAUCUCCUCCUCCUGCAUUCUCCAACAAUAUUGCUUCCAUCCCACCUCCACCACCCAUGGAAACCUGUGUUCCAGCUCCUCUUCCUCCACCCAUGUCAGGUGGACCGCCGCCUCCUCCCCCUCCUCCUCCUCCCCCAGGCCCUCCUCCUCCCUCUUCUUCACGCCCACCUCCCUCAGGAGGAGUUCCUGCCGCCCCCACACCCAAAGCCCAGCCUGCUCCAGCUGCUGAUGGUCAUAGUGACCUUCUUGUAGCUAUCCGUCAAGGAUUUAACCUGCGUAAAGUGGAGGAACAGAGAGAGCAAGAGAAGAGAGAUCACAUGGGCAACGAUGUUGCAGCCAUCCUGUCCCGCCGCAUUGCUGUGGAGUGCAGCGACUCCGAGGAUGAUUCAUCCGAGUUUGAUGAUGAUGAGUGGUCUGAAUAAAGCCUGACUAAACCUGUUAUGGCAUUUAAGAUAAUUCCUUUUAUACAUCACACUUCUCCAAUUAGCCAUUUACCUUCAGUGAGGCCGAAAGCAAAGUAAGGAGGAGAGGUCCAAAGAUUGUGUGCGUGUCCAGAGUCCGUUCUAAAUGAGAACGUGAAUUAUUUAGUUGAUUAGCCUUCUCUUGUUUCAGAGUGCCUGUACCUCUGUAUAAUGUGGCCAAAGGUAAACUGAGACCAUGUGUGUGUUUCAGUGUGUGUGUGUGUGCACUUGUGUGUAUGUGCUUCCAUAAUUCUCCUUGUUGCGCAUCAGUAUCGUGUAUCUGUAAAAAUCCCACUUGGAUUAACAUUACUCUGUAUUAACUAAUCACAUAAAGCUGGCUUAUAACUAUGAGAAGACACAGACUCUGUAAUGCAGAUAUUUAAACCAAUAAGAUGCCCUGUGUCUAAACAAGCAGUUUUUGCAUCUUGCAGGAUGAUAUAACUUGUCGUCUUGGCAGUAUUUCCUUGAAAUUUCAGCACAUAUUCACAGGUUAAGAAACAUGAAUACUCAAUGAUCUAAAGCAUUUAAAUUGUGUAAAUGUUUCUAAACUGCUUUUUUACUGUCUUUGACAUUGCAACAAUUUGUGGCCCUCAUGUCUGACUGAAUGAUGUUUGUGUCAGCCACACGGUCCUAUGUGUAGUUUUCUUUAUUUAAUCUUGUGCUCCAAAGUGCCUGCUUCAACCACAAUUCAAGUGCCUGUUUUAAUGUCAAAUGUUUUAGAAAUCAAAGUAAAGUGAGAUUUUUUUUUUUAUUAUUAUUAUUUGAUGUAUGUGGGUAAUAAUAAUACCAAGAUUUUUCUAUCAGCAAUUUACCGAA